AUGCAUUUUUGGAUUGAUAAGCGCUCACAAGCUUGUGGUUUCGGAAGAGCGCGGGUGGCAGCUUCCCUUUCUGGUGGUGGCGGGUUAGGCUUUGGACAUCCCAGAAGAAUUCCCAGAAAAUCAAUGGUUACCCCAAUACAUCGGUUUCAAACGGUGGACUGUACAAGGCCACAUCCCUAUCGUCACCAACAACAGCAACAGCCGCAACAACAGCAGCAGCACCAAGCACAAUCGCAAACUAGUAAUAGUCAUCAUCAGCACUAUCAUCAUCACCAGCAACCGCAGCAGCAACAGAAUAGCAAUAAUCAAUCACACAUUCAACAUCACCAGGCACAGUUGCAUAGCAGUGGCCACUAUAAUCAGCAUAAUAGUUUAAUCCCAGCGUCGACGCUUCAAUCGCAACAGUCGGCUCAGAAUCAUCAUCUGCUGCAGCAGGCAUCACACCAUCAGCAACCGCAACAUGCAGCCAAUUAUCAUGUUCCGGUUGGAGUAAAUCAUAUUUACAGUAAUUCCUCCCCGCAAGCGAAUGCAAUCGAAAUCGAUCAUACUGCUGGGACGCUCGGAAUUGGGACGCUUAGCCAGCAGAUACCACACAUCGGACAGGAUGCUCAACUAUUGCCGGCACAUCUCAAAUGUGGCAUGUGGGCUUCACUUGCUUUGGCUACGGUGUUCGUAGCCGGAGCGAAGUUUUACUUCGACCAUCAAGGAACUGGUCUGGAAGUGCUCAUAUUCUGUGCGUUUUCUGCAACCUUUUUCCUAGCAGCAUGCACAGUGUCUCUCUGCCGACGUCCUAGGGACCUGCAGAUAUCUGCCAACAAUGUGAUAUCGGAGACCAUCUCCAACGGGGAGCAGAACUCCCUUCAGAACAAUCCGGACCUAGUGAAUAGCCAUCCUUCACCUCUGCUGAACGGCAGCGUUGGUGGAACAAAUCCGCAGAAUUCGCUGGCCCUGAUGGCACCUCCACCGCCAUAUCACAUUGCCAUUUUGCUGCCGGAAAGCACGAAGGAAACGGAUGAAUCGCCGCCACCGUCGUACGAUAAAAUAGUGAUAUAA